CUACGUCUCAAACCGCAAACUAGUGCACUAGGUGGUGUGUUACAACACAAUGACGUAGCGCACUACUUAGGCAGCCUAGUUAGUGUGGUAGUGAACGGUUUGGGAUGGAGUUCUUGAUGAAAUCACGGCCGCAGCCAUAGCAGCCGGUGGCGUAAACAAAAAGCAUAGAGAGCGUUUUAAUGAAGCGCUAGCUAGCAAAGUCGCAAUAAAGUUUACUAACUAGAGCGAUAUACAUUUUUAAAAAAGGCUCAUUUUGUUUUGGUUGGCUUGUUGAAUAUUCAAAGAUUUAAAAAUAUAUUUAGAAGAGCUACGAACAUAGCUAAUUCGUAAAUGUUAGCAGGCUAGCACAGGUUAGCUUUAAAAGUCGACUGACGCUAUGCUAGUACUGUGUUUAAUUAGCCGAAUAUUAUGGGAUGUAGCUAGUUAGCUGUCUAGAGCCUAACUGUGUUAAUGUUAAAGGAAGUAAAGUAGCCAGGUAAUGAUGCUCUGAUUUUUAAAAUGUUCUCUAGCUGCCUGGUUAACUCGCUAUAAAGGUUCAUUGUGAGAGAGCUGAAGUUUCCAGGUCCAUGUGUUUGGACUGUGAUGUUCAGUCUGAUGGCGAACUGCUGCAGCUGGCUGAAACGGUGGAGAGAGCCUGCCAGGAAGGUGACGCUGGUGAUGGUGGGACUGGACAAUGCUGGGAAAACUGCCACAGUACGGGGCAUCCAGGGAGAGAGUCCUCUUGAUGUAGCACCCACGGUGGGCUUCUCCAAAGUGGACCUAAAGCAGGGCAAGUUCGAGGUCACGAUCUUUGACCUCGGUGGAGGGAAGCGGAUCCGGGGCAUCUGGAAGAACUACUACUCUGAGUCGUACGGUGUGGUGUUCGUGGUGGAUUCGAGCGAUGUGCAGAGGAUCCAGGAGACCAGAGACACCAUGGCAGAAGUGCUGCGGCACCCUCGCAUCGCCGGCAAGCCCGUGCUAGUGCUGGCCAACAAGCAGGACCAAGACGGAGCAAUGGCUGAAGCGGACAUCAUUGAGAGCCUGUCACUGGAAAAGCUUGUCAACGAGAACAAGUGUCUCUGUCAGAUUGAACCAUGUUCGGCAGUCCUGGGCUACGGUAAGAAGAUCGACAAGUCCAUCAAGAAUGGCCUGAACUGGCUCCUGAGCAACAUCGCCAAAGACUACGAGGCAAUCACGGAGCGUGUUCAGAGGGACACGGCCGAGCAGCGUGUACAGGAGGAGCAGGAUAAGAAGGAGAGAGCGGAGCGAGUGAAACGAAUCCGAGAGGAGAGAGACAGACAAGAGCGUGAAGAGGCGGAGAAAGCAGGCAGGCAAAUAAAGGAGGAGGAGUCCGAGGAUGCCGAUAUGUCCAACCCAUUCCAGCCAAUAAACCAUAUUGUUGCAGAGAAUGAAAACAAGUUGAAAAAAGAAAUGGAGAUGAAAAAGCAAGGCGAGGAGGUCAUGCAGGAUGGCGUCCUGGAGCCAAAGAGCAAACAGGAGGAGGAGGAGGAGGAGGAGGAGGAAGAACAGGAAGAGGAAGAGAGUGAAAGACAGACCCCAGAGAGCCCAGAAUCAGGUCCAACAGACCAGAGCAAAAAGAAGAUCAAGAAAAUACGGCUCAAGCGGAAAAACAGAGUCGACCCUCUCAUAAUGGACGAUGCAGCCAAGAGCCCGACUCCACCACCCGCACCAGUCGGAUGGGCUACUCCCAAAGUUUCUAGACUCCCCAAGCUUGAACCUCUUGGAGAUACAAGGCGUUCUGAUUUCUAUGGCAAGCCCCUCCCACCUGUAGCAAUUAGACAGAGACCAAACGGCGAAACCCAUGAUGUCAUUUCCUAGCCUUUCCUCCUCUUUCCCCUCAUACGGUUAGAGAUGCCUCGUCUCCACCAAUCACGGUCUUUUGUUUUAUUUCUCUCAUCUCCAAGCCCGCGCUGUGUAAAUACGCAACAAUCACCAGCCAGUGUCAGCGAGAGGAACCAAUCAGCUUGCUUGGAGGGAUCAUGUGACCAGCCAAGGACGGGAAUUCCACAGAGACUCGUGGUUUAUUGUAAACUUUCAGCAGUGACUGAAUUUAGAUCUACAUUAUAAAAAUGUAGACAUUUUAUUUUUCCACCAAACAAAGAAGCAUUAUAAUCUCAGUUAAUAAGAUUAUAAUGUUCAUUGAAAUGUUUAUGUAUAAAUCUUUAUUUUUAGACUGAAUCACAUAUAACUGUGAAAUCUGCUCUUUUUGAAAGAUAUAUUAGAUAUAUUAAAUAACACUACAACUGUGCUGAACAGACACUGGUGCAGAAAUCGUUCUCACUCGUGGACAUGCUCAUUAUCAAGCUGUUGUGAUUAAAAGCUUCGAACACCGUGAAGGCUUGUGCAUGAGCAUGUAAUGAUGAAACAUACUGGUAUUUUAUGUCAUUUCCAGCCUGCUCAAUUUCAAUUUUUCUACACAGAUGUUCUACACAUCUGAAAGCAAACACUUUUCAGGAUUUUGCUGGUAUACAUGCCUACCACAACUUCCAAGAUCUCACCAGCAGUUAACCACACAACAUAUUGUUAAAGGAAAAAUUCACCCUGAACGUCUUGCAUAUUAAUCUUUAUUAUUUAACAUGUAAUCAUCAACAGCAUCCAAGAUUUAUUUUGCAAUGAAAUUCUGAGUUGUCUCUUUAAAUUUAAACAACUUCUAUCAACAUGUUGGUCUGUUUUCCUACAUUAACCACAAUGCCAUUUGACUACCUGCUGGUUAUGGUAAAAGCCCUGGCUUCGUCUCUACCUAUAGAGUGUGAUGCAGCAGCGUUUUACUUCUUUAAUCUGUCCAGCUCUCUCACCUCCUCAUCCGUACACUCUGCUUAAACAGAUCAGUUUCCAAAGCUUUUAUGCUAAUACUGCCGUCACUGCCAUCGCGCUCAUCAUCUGGUAGAUCAGAUCUCUAGCCGUGCUUCGCGUUGCAUUGCAUUCUGGGGCUUUUUGAGUGCAUGGUUUUACUUCUACUCUGAAUUUCCCAUUAAUAAAUAUUAUACACUACAAAAUGGUGAGUGAGAAAAGAAGCUCUCUUAUUUUUAGAGCUGAAAAUUAUCCCUUAUGUUUGAAACUUAUUGUAACUUCACUAGCAGUGUCCUUCUGCACCAUCAUUGCGGCGCAUAACCGCUAACUUCUCACAGAAAUAACAAAAAUACAGAACCAGCCAACAAAUAAGCACCCGUAUGACUAAACACAUCACAGAUACUUCAAUCGAAACACAUUUACUGUGUUUCAGGGUGGAGUUUUCCUUUAAAGUGAAUAUUUUCCCGAUGGGAAACACACAGCAGAAUUCUUUAACGAGUGCACCGAGAAGCAUUUCAUUUUCACUGGUUUAUAGACACUUUAUCAACAACGUGUUUUUGUUGUUAAGCCGAAGCAUGUACGGACUACAGCGUAGUGCUUCGUUUGAAAAGGGCAGUGUUUUUUUUCUAACAGUAGCAGUUGAGACUGUUACAGAUUAAAUCUAUUGUUGAAGUCUUGUUGUGCAGAAACACAUUUCCCAAACCAUGAAAUGCUAAAUUGAGCUGGAACAUCUGACACACACUACAUUGAUUUCACAUUUAGAGGUAUAUUCGUUUUUUAUCACAGAUAUGUACUGUAAAUGGCAUAGGUAGGUUAUUUAUUUAGUUUUUUUUUUUUUUUUUAACCCUGUGUUUCCCACAUGUAUUUGUUAACAUGUAUUAUUUUAUAUUUGACACUCCUGAUUGAAUGUGUGGUUGUUGUUUUUUUUUCCCCCUGGAAUUAUGUAUUUCAUUUCAAAUACGUAACACCUUCCUUUUUCUCUAAUAUCACAUUCUCAUACCUUUUGUUACAUGCACUUUUUAUCCAUUCUGUUUUAAUAUGAAUGCAAUUAAAUGCAUAAAUAUUUUUUAUUCA